GGAGUAUAGGACUAUAGGAGUUUAUGUUUAUUGAAAUAUAUUAGGCCACAUGCAUUUGCCACCUCACUGGGACACACUCCUACAUGAAUCACAUUUCUCCAUAUGCAUGAAUAUUUCAUGGGCCAUAUUUUGAGAUACCCUUCUCUCUCUUAUUAAUUGAGAUGGUGAAAUUAUUUGCAAAGAUUAUUUAUAAAAAAGAUUCAGUAUCAAACAUUGAAACCAGAUUAUUUUAAAAGUCUAUCCAUCAAAUAUGGAAAUUUUGGUGAGCCGUGAUACUUUUCCUUUUCUAAUAACCGUUUAACUGGGAAUUCUUUCAAUGGUAAUUAGCACCCAUAGUGAACUACUACUAGCUGUUCCCGUAUAUGUGAAUUAAAAACUCAGUUCCUUUAAAAAAAACAAAAAAAAAAAACUCAGUUGCUUCAAAAGUGGCACGCAGCGUCUGGUCAUAUUGCCUUUUAAUUUAAUGAUUGAUUACGUGAAAUGCAAUUUCAUACAUUAAAAAUACGUGAAAUACUCUAAACACAUGCGUUUAAAAUAUAUCUCUAUGUUAUAAAUACUCCGUACAGAUUAAAAAUAUACUCCGUAUGUAUUAAUAUUUUUUUUACAGGUUUCGACAAUGAUCCUUCCGUAUAUAUUAAUAUAUGUGAUUAAUAAAACUGAUUGGUCAUGAUUAUUAAAAAAACUGAUUGGUCAUGAUUUUCAAUAACAAUUCUCAUUGCAUUAUUUUUUUUUGGAGUACAACUCAGGAUGGAUUUGAACAAAAGAAAAAAAUUACAGAAGAGAUCAAAUAAUGUUUGUAAUCAGAAAAAAUAGAAAAAUGGUGAAGUAUAUGGUACAUUAAUAUAUACACAUUGCAUUAACAUGUAUGUUUGUAGGAGAGAGGCUCUUUUAAUGCAUUUUAUACAAAAAUCACAAUAAUCUAAGAUCAUGAUUGAGAAGGAGUUACGAAUGUUUGAUAUCAUUUAUGAUUUUAGAUGUGACAAUGAUGUGGCACAAAAAAGCUGUUCAUUUGAAUAUCACCGAGUUGCUCUUAGGCUAACUGAAUGGACAAUUAUAUGAAAGUAUAAAAUGAUAUGAACUGUAUCUAUAAUCAGUAUAAAGAUUUGAUUUUACUAACACAUUUUAGGAUAACUUGUCAAGUAGCAUGUGUGCUUAUAUAUAUACAUGUUUAGCUUCAAGUAUAGAUGUAUUCAUUUGUCUAUGAUUUCAAAACUAAAUUAGUUGCAAUUCUUUAUACCGAUUUGGAUACAUUUAACUUUCUUAAGUUAUGUGAUCUAAAUAUUUAACUUUCCUAACUUUUAGAGCCCGCUUGAUAGCACGAAAAUCGGCUGAUUUGGCUUAUUCUGCUGAAAUUUAUGAAGUUUUGGCUGAAGUGGCUGCAUUGGCUGAUUCUGCUGAUUUAAGAAAAAAUUAUUUUAUAAAAUAAAUGUUAUUUUAAUAAAAUAAAGAAAAAAUUGUAUGUAAAAAUAGCUAAAAUGAUCAUCUACAGUAACUUCAGUCAAUACAACCAGAAAAGUAACUUCAACCUUACUUUUUCUGCUUAUUACACAAUUCUGCGCGAAAGCAAAAAUUACAUGUUUUGUGAAAAAGUUGGCUGAUAAGCCUAAUAAGCCGAAAAACAGUGUUACCCCAGACGACUUCUUACUUUCCCUUCAUUUUCUAUUCAUUUUCUAUGCAUUUUCAUUUUUGUACAUCUCUCACCAUUCUCAAACUAAAAGAUCUUACUUUUAAUUCACCUGAUACCGUACCUGUUUUUGGCAUGAUGUUCUGAAUGCUCAAUGUCCUGAAUUUUAAAUUUUAUGCGCUCAAGUGAAAGAAUUAAAGUGAGUUGUAAUAAUCCCAUCAUAUUGGAUUGCUUUCUCUUUAAAAAAAUCAUAUUGGAUUGCUCUUAUAAAUCUGAUGCCAGCGCCCAUUUCCAGCUUGCCUGAGACACUGAAAUAUUUCUUAUCACGUCAGAAAAAAUGGAGCUUGAUCCAUCUCAAGCAGAUUCAUUCUCUGCUGAUCACAUUUGGUCUCUGCCACCACAAUUCCUUUCUCAGGCAACUACUCGACCAAUGCGUAUCGCUCCCUUCAUUCCCCUCUUCCUACGCUCUUUCCAUCUUCACUCGAAUCAAAGAACCCAAUGCCCAUUCCUGGAACGCCAUGAUCAAAGGCUAUUCCACCACCUCAAACCCUCACAACUCCAUUCUUCUCUUCGCGAAGAUGCGGGAAAGUCUCGUCUUUCCUAACAUACACACCUUCCCUCUGCUUCUCAAGGCGUUUUCUAAGGCCAGAACAGAAAACCCACUCCAGGUUUUUGCCCAAACUGUGAAAUUUGGAUUUGAUACUGACCAUUUUGUGCAGAACUCUUUGGUUUCUUCUCUAGCCGUUUGUGGGUACAUUGACUAUUCCUGCAAGGUGUUUGUUGAAAUGCCUCAAAAGGAUGUGAUUUCUUAUACCGCAUUGAUUGAUGGGUACACGAGGAACGGUAGGCCAUCUGAAGCUUUAGAGCUCUUUCUACAGAUGAGAAGAGAGGGUGUGAAGGUGGAUGAGGGCACUAUAGUCAGUGCUCUUUGUGCAGUCGGGUUGUCAAGAUGUUCUUGGUUCGGGAAAUGGCUUCACGGGUUCUAUAUAAUUCCGGGUAGAGUCCAUCAAGAUAUCUUCAUCGGGAGUUCUCUGGUGGAUAUGUAUUCCAAAUGUGGAUUGUGCAGUGAUGCAAGUUUAGUCUUUUCAGAGAUGCCGAACAAGAACAUAGUUUCCUGGACAACGAUGAUAUCUGGAUUUAUUAACUGUGAGCAAUUCAAGAAUGCACUGACCGCUUUUGAAUCCAUGCUGGCAAGUGGAUUAGAGCCUAACCAAGCCACAUUAACAAGUGUUCUAGCCGCUUGUACUAAACUAGGUGCUCUUGAUCAUGGCAGGUGGGUCCAGAAGUAUAUCGAGUCAAAUGGUUUGGGUUUAAAUCCGGCUCUUGCCACUGCUUUGGUUGAUCUGUACGCAAAAUGUGGAUGCAUCCGUGAAGCACUCUUACUUUUCAAGAAGAUUUCAUUUAAUAAAGAUGUUUAUGUAUGGACAGCCAUCCUUAACGGUUUGGCAAUGCAUGGUGAAGUUAGAAAAUGCUUAGAUCUCUUCGGGGAAAUGUUAACCAAUGGGGUAAAGCCAAAUGGGGUGACAUUCAUAGGAGUUCUCAGUGCCUGCUCCCAUGGAGGACUUGUUGAUGAGGGGAAAAAACUGUUUGGAGCGAUGGAGAGUGUCUAUGGAAUAAAACCAACCGUGGACCAUUAUGGUUGCAUGGUUGAUCUAUUGGGUCGGGCUGGACAGCUUGAUGGAGCGAUCAAGUUGAUUGAAGGGAUGCCGUCGGAGCCCACCCCGGGUGUGUGGGGUGCUCUGUUUGGUGCAUGCUUGAUUCACAAGCAGUAUGAGUUAGGGGAAUGGGUAGGGAAUAUGCUAAUUAGCUUACAACCUCAUCAUAGUGGCAGAUACACACUUUUGGCAAAUUUGCAUUCAAUGUCUGGGAACUGGAAAGCAAUGGGUCAAGUACGAAGAAUGAUGAGAGAGAAUGGGGUUGAGAAGAGCAAGGGAUGUAGUUGGUUUGAACUGGAAGGCACUGUCCACGAGUUCAUUGCUUUUGACCAAUCGCAUGUUGACUCUCAAAUUGUGUAUAUGGUCUUGGAUAGUCUUUUCAGCCAUUUAGAACCCACAAAUUUUCUUCAUUCACUCACCUUAUGAAUCUCACAAAAUCUUUACAAUUGCCAUUAAUUAUUCUGUUUAGUAGUGUUCUAAAAAACACUAAGAGCUGGCGAAGACUUGAGGCCUAAUUGCUAGGCAAAGCACAAGCAGAGAAACUGUGGGAUAUCAAGAAAAGCCUUCGAAUUUCUUGGUCCAAAAGCCAAUCAAUGACACUGAACGCUUUACCAAAAACCCCAAUUGGCCUGAGCAGGGGCGGAGUUAGGGCACUGGGCCGGUACAAACAAUAUUUUUGGAAUUUUUUUUACACAGAAUUUUUUUCACUAAUAUACAAGCAUUUUUAAAAUUUGGACUGGGCCAGGGCCAAGGAUGGGCCUUCCUUAGCUCCGCCCAUGGGCCUGACCUGAGCUUUAAGAAAUAGGAAAAAUUGAUAGUAAUAAUCCUAACUAUUGGCGGUCCGCUCAUAAUAAUCCCAACUAUCGAUUAUUUCAGAAUAAUCCUAACUAUAGGGACCUUCCGCCAAUAAUGGUCCCUAUAAAUAAUUUUUUGUAGUUUUUAAAGUGAAUGAGAAGAGAUAUAGCAAGUAAUCCCUAUAAAUAAUUCUAACUUUUAAUUUUUACGCUUAAUUUCUAUUUAAAAAUCAAUUGUUACCGGAGAUAAUAUAUGGUCAUAGACCAUUAUUGGCGGACGCUCCAUAUAAUUGGGAUUAUACAAAAAUAAUCAAUGGUUGGGAUUAUUGUCAGCGGACCGGCAAUAGUUGGGAUUAUUAUUUUCAAUUUUUCCUAAGAAAUAUCAUGAUUGGCUUUGGACAUGUGAGUGCAGGUGCCUAAAAACAAAUGUGAUUAUAUAUGAAGUUAAGGAGUAACAAGACUUAGUUGCAACGGCAAAAAAACACAAUAAAUUUGUAACUUUGUUAUGUUUAGGAUCAAGUUUUUGGAUUCAUAAUGCGGUUCUUUGUUGUAAUUAGUCUUAUCAUCACUUUCAAGUUUCAACUUUCUUUAUGCACAAGAUUUCAUUCAUGUUUGAGUUGUAUUACCAGGUCAAAAUGUAGUUCUAAAAUGGAACCAAAACAGUACCACUG